UUAUGAGUGUAUGUAUGUAUGUGUAGAAGAAAAGUGGAUAACAGAAUUUAGGAAAGUUGCAGAAGCAAAGUGAUGUCGUUUACCGUUGGAAUUGGAAUCUCUAUCAAUUGCAGCUUCUUCAGAAUCCCUCCUUCAUCAUGUUACUCACUUUCCCAUGUUUCAUUGUCAUCUUCUUCUUUUUCUUGUUCAUCCUUCAACUCAAAUAAGCUCAAGUGGAUUCAAAGAGUAUCCUCUGAAGAACUUCCUAAUGAGUUAGUUGAAGACUCAAAAUUUGUUCCUAUUAAUGCUGAGGAUCCUAGAUAUGGUCCACCUGCCUUAUUGUUGUUGGGAUUUGAAGCCGAUGAACAUUUGAAGAUUCAACAGUUUUUGAAAGAGUUAGAGGGUGAAUUCUUGAAGGUCAUCUAUUGUACCAAAGACAUGGUUACGCGUUCACUUUGGGAGGCAAUGCAUACAACACAACAAAGUUUUGAAGAGGUCAAGAUAGACAGGUCUCUUCCUCGAAUAUGUUUCUUAUCUGGUUUAAGUGGAGAGGAAAUGAUAAUGUUCGUGGAUGCUUUCCCUGAAACUGGACUAAAACCAGCUGCGUUUGCGGCUCUUGUUCCUAACAGCGCCAAUAAACCACUAUAUGAGUUAAUAGAAGAAAUCACAGGAGACCAUGAGAUGUUGACCGGAGAACAAUUGUGAUAAACUAGUCUCAGGAGCACACUUGCAGAAACAUAAUUGGAAAAAACAAUCAGAUUUUAUUGAGACCGUCUACUUAGAUAAGAUUUGAACAUAUAUAAAAAACAAAAUUGCUGCUACUGUGUAAAUUAGCAAUAUUUGCUUGAAACUUGAUUUAUGAGAACAUGCCUACCGGAACUGAAAAUAUGGAUGAGCUAUGUUAUCUGAAAUUUCCAAAAAAAAAAUUGAAGAGGUUCUAAAAA